UUAUGUUAUUUUGUAUUGUUAUUUGUAGCCAUAAUAAAACAAUAAUAAUUCUAUGGUUGGUUGUAUCAUGAUUUGUAGCUAAAUAUUACUAAAAUGGGUGCAAACAAAAAUUCAGAUCUUCAAAAAUGUGGAGAACUUUUAAUUGAUAUUGAAAAAAUUAAGUAUAAAACUAAAUCAUACACAUAUCGUUGUGCUUUUUGUAAUAUUGAUUGUGAACAAUUAAAAAAAUUUACAAAACACCUAGAAGAUGAACAUUUUCUAAAUUUUGACGAUUUAUUAAAAAAUGACCCAGUAAAAAUUGAAUCUGAAAGUUCUAAUCUUUCAUCAGAUCCUGAGGAUUUAAAAGUGGAUCAGCAAAUGUACAUUGUUAACACAGAUAGUAACGCUGUUACUACAAAAAAUCCCAUUGAUAUUAAUGUACAUUGUGAUCCUUUAAGUAUGAUGAAAACAGAAACCAAUGAUGAUUUAGUUGAUAAUGAUACAAAAAAAGAUGUGCGGAAAAUUGAAAAGAUAGAUAAUGUGAUGCCUGACUUAGAAACAAACGAGAAUGCAUCCUUUGAUGAACAGGAUAGUGAAGAUUGUUAUGUUAUGGGCUUUGAUGAUUGCAACAGACAAACAGAUGGCAAUAAUACUUCAAAUUGCAAAUUUAAAAGAAAUUACAAAAAGACGAAAAUAAAACAAAGAAAUUCUGACGUUUCCGAUCAGACUACAUCCGUUUCAGAUGAUGUUGAUUUCUAUAUUGAAAAAGAAACAAUUACCAAGAAAAAAUCUAUGAACUUCAACAAGGAAAUUAAAAAACCAAAACCCAGAAAAGAGCCGAAAAAGGAAUUAGUCGAAGAUAAUGAAAAACCAUCAUCAUGGCGCAUUUAUAAACAAUUUUUACCACUAUUUAUCGAACAAUAUAAAAAGUAUGAAGAGCUUUGGAAGGUAGAUAAUAUUGCAUUUGGAGUUAAACCUGUACGAUAUGAUAUACUUGGAAAAAUUGCUGAAGAAAUAAAGUUAGACCUGAAAAGAAACAUAAGUGCUCAAGGAGUACAUAAACAUAUUAUGUAUUUGAAUCGAUUAUAUUCCAAAGAUAAAAAACAAGAAUUAAUAUGUAAAAUAGAAAAUAAGAAAUUUACCGCUGAAUCGGAUUUGUAUACUGAACUGUCAUCGUUUCUUAAAGAAUGUCAAGGACCUUUUAUUUGUUCGAUUUGUAAUGAAAUGAUAUCGAAAUAUGACCCCUAUUGUCUUCACUUAGCUGAACAUAAUGGCACGAAGCCAUUUAAGUGUACAUCUUGCGGAAUGACAUUUUCUAAAUUGCAUAAAUACAAAAUACAUAAAAAACGUCAUCUAGGGGUAUACAAUCAUCAAUGUAAUGUAUGCGGCAAAGGCUAUCUUUUUCAAGCUGAAUUAAACGAUCAUCUAACUUCGCACACUGGACUUAAGUCAUUUCUAUGUUCUAUAUGUGGUGAAAGCUUUAAACGACGUCAAUACUAUGCUAAUCAUAUGCUGCGUCAUGAAAAUCGCUUUCGUCACGAAUGUUACAUUUGUAAAAAGGGAUUUCUGUACACACAAGCUCUAAAAGCCCAUAUAAAAAGUCAUCUGAAAUUGAAUGUGACGAAAUGUCUAAUCUAGAGGAGAUUUAAUCUGGUAAAAUCAUAAGACUUGUUAUGUAUUAAGUAAAAUGUGGUGAUUUUAAUUUAUCGAGUCGUCAACAUAUUGUUAUUGUUCUAAAUUAGAAAAAUUUUUAAAAAGAGUUCUCUCAAAACUUAAGCAAAUAUACCCCCUUAUUCAUAAAGAUAAGCGAUUAUUUAUUUUAGGUUUAUUACGCACAUUUGCCAUAUAAAAUGCAUGCAAUAAACCAUCAAUAACUUUAUUAAGCUUUUAUGAGUAUGGGGGAUAGUCUUUUUGGUCAUGUAUAUCUUUUGUUUUAUUCUCGCUUUUUUCAACAUUCAAAAUAGCCAAAAAGCAUUUAAUAUCUCUUAAAUGAUUAAAAAUAAAAAACUAAUGAAAAUACAUAAUUUACAAAUUGAUUUGUAUUAUAAGAAGAGUUGAUUGUAAGAAUUGAUUGUUUUGUCGUCACCUUAUUUAUACUUGAAUUAGUUAUUUACCUUUGUUUGAAACAGAAGGCUCGUUCUUUAAUUCGCCUUUAAUGAAAUUUAAAAUAAAUUUGUUUUUUAAUCAA